AUGGCGUGUAACCGUUGUCUGCUGCACAGAGCAAUACGUCAAGGCGACGACAAAUUAGUGUUAAGAUUUCUUCAAACUGUGGAUACAAAACAUAUAAAUUUCUCAAAAGAUUCGCUCUUGUCUUCAGCAGUGAGAUUGAAGAGUAUGAAAAUGGUUCAAUUGUUAUUAGAUCAGGGAGCUAAUCCUGACAGAAGAGAUGGAAAGUUCUAUCCUAUCCAUAUUGCUGUAAUCGAGGGGUCAUUAGACAUUUUUAAGCUGUUGGUGAGACAUGGAGGUAACUUGGACAGGAGGACAAUUUUUGGAUGCCAUUCUAUACACUUGGCUGCUGAUUACGGAAGGAUAGAAUUUUUGGAGUAUUUACUAAAGUUGAGAGUAGAUAUUAAUCUCAUUGAUGGAGACGACUGUUCGCCAUUGUACAGAGCAGUAGUCAGAGGGAGAACUAACGUUGUUGCGUACUUGAUUGAACUUAAUGCUGAUGUCAAUAAAGUUGACAUACUUGGUGAUAGUCCUCUGCAUCUAUCUGUAGAAUUUGGCUUUAAAAAAAUAAUAGAUUUACUCAUAAAUAAUGGCGCUAGAAUAAACCAAAAAAACUUCUCUGGAUGGACACCCCUUCAUUACGCCACAUCUUGCGGUCAUUUUGAAAUUUUGAAACAUUUGCAUGAAGCUGGUGCAAAAUAUGUGAUCUCGGAGAAACGCAAACAUAGUAAGAGGACAGAAGCUGAAGUUGAACGAGAUGAAGGUUUCAGUUUGGAGUAA